GAGGUGCGUCAGAGCUUGAACGACGUUAUCUUAACAGUGGUACUAGUAGUAGAGGUGCGAGCCUCAUUUAUCUUACGACCGAGGCGGUGACCUCCUCACUGGUAUGCAGGAACGAUCGACGACCAGCUAGCUUUCACCAGGUGUUCGAUACUCAAUACCUGGAUGGUUUCAGCUUCACACAAUGAUUAGUAGCUUUAAAUAUCUAAUGGAUACAUCCGGUAGGAUCCCCUACUACUCAAGUACACGAUCUUAGUAUUAAUCUCAGUUUGAUCUCUAGCUUGAGUACCGGUAGGAACCAGUCCGAGUUGUGCUGCAAGAAUCUUCAAUAAUAGCAGUGAAUGGAUAAAAUCCAGUGGGCAAACACCUACAAAAUAGGUUGACAAGCUCGCAGAGAAGCUCGUUGCAGUGAGUAAAAAGGAAACAAAUACUCGACAAGAUGGGCUGCUGCCAAAGUGGCCAAAGCCUUCAAGAACAAGUUCGGGCCGAUAUGCUGAGGGCGAGAGAGACGCGAGCGGCACGACUCAGGCCGUCGAAUGAUGAAGUUGCAGGCUGGGACAAUGCCAUUCAACAAUACCAUCAAGAGGGGCCACCGUCUCUCCCCUGGGAUGAAAUUCAUGAUGCAUUUCCAUAUCUUCUUUCAGCCCAUGCCCUAUUCCACGGCGCUCGGGAUUGGAGUAGGCCACGAGUAUGCCAGAAGAUAGAUGAACAUUUCUUCUGUACUGAUGAGCCUUCCAUCAUUCUCUUCAUCUCACAUACAUGGGAAAACAGACACUAUCCGGACCCCAGUGGUCGGCAGUGGCAGGCUUUGCAACAUCUGCUGAGCAUGAUAGUGGAUCUCGCAGAUACCCUUCAAGACCUGUUCUCACCUUCCUCUUCAUCAGCGAAUAUCCGUGAGCUUACCGCCCGAAUCCCACUAUUGGUGGAGGGCGUACUCCCUGUCGUUUCCCUCCUUCUUUCGAUGCCCGGCGAAGAUAUCCCGGAUUCUGAUACCGUUCUGAGCAAGAUUGCUAUUUUCUUUGAUUACAUGUGCCUCCCUCAGAACAGCGAAGUAGACAACGUCCAAAGGGAUGAAGCACAAGAGCAAGUCUUUCGCAGAGGUCUUCAAAAGAUGCACAUGCUUUGCACACUCUCGAGUGUCGUUGCUCUUCGAUUCGACUCGGAUGAUUUCAGCAAGAGCGCUUGGUGUAUCAGUGAAAUGUAUGUGCCGACAACUUCUUUCGGGGCGUUCUCAUAUGAGGUGUUUCCCGAAAACUAUGGGUCCCCGGCCCGUUGGUACACCGCGCUGGACAGUGGAACCUUGCAACAAGCUGCGGGGGUGCCUGCCAACAUCAAGUCAAGAGUUGAGCUUUUAGCAUCUCAAUUCCACCUCGCGACAACCUCCGAGGAUGCAGUCACGAUCGUCCACGCACUCAUCGUCUGCGCCUCUCCUUUUUUCACAGCAACUUUGCACUUCCAACAGUUGCAAAGUGCACUCGACGUUGCUUCCAGAGUUGGUAACUUGGAUGCCUUCAAGCCAAAGAUGUUGUGCGGCAAUGAGCCAGACAUCAUGUAUACACAAUCCGCUUCAAAUAUGGGAACCGUGAGGACACGGACUGAAAAGGCGCUUCUCUAUGAGCUCAAUAAUCUUGGUCGUGACCAAGUGAUACUCGUCGAUCUUGGGCGCAUGCUUUCAAACAUCAUGAUUUUCCAUGGGAUGGUUUGUAAAUCUAAAGCCGAUCUGACUUACGUUGCUCUCUCCGCCUUCCAAACUCAGGAAGGUUUGUUUCAGGGUUUCUUUUAUGAUUGCUUGCAAGCUUGGCUGGGGAGAACCGAGAGGAGGAAAGAAUUUCCGGUGGUCCUCAAACCAUUGGCGUUCCAAUCGGAGAAUGACAACUUCUUCACUUUCAUCAGCCCGAUCCAGUUUGAACAGCUCACUUCUGGGCCCGUUAUGCAUCCCGAGUUGAUGGUGUACGUCAACCGCUUCCGUAAAGUGUUCAGCUACUGUCUUCCUCUUUCCUCAAGCAUGGAAACCGGGGUGCUUGAUUCACAAUGGGGGGAUUCACCUCGGCUACGGCACCUUGCACUCGAUGGCUCACCAGAUACGGACCUGUUGAUGGAUCACUUCUCGGAGCAACCGCCAAGCUGCCCCUCGAAAGUCAUCCAAAUGUACGAGCUUUCCCAGUCAUUCUGAAACAAUGGGAAGUGGAUCCUAGAGAAUUCCGGAAUGUCUUUAGAAGUGCACACAACACCAGAAGUCCAUCUCUAGAUUCCAAACGGAUGGGCGGUUGGUGACAUGUUUCAGUAAAAUUUACUUAAUCCAGUCACUCCUUGCAGAAAUCGUAUGAUGGGUGCAUUAUUGUUAUUAUGAAGGGAUCUAUUCGGGUA